UGUUGGGAUAUAUUAUCCCGGCCUAUUACUGUUCAAGAGCCCAAGAUAUUAUCCAGUACGGAGCCUGAACAGUUAGGACCAUUUCGGCCCAUCCGGCCCACCUUAGCCUUUGGGCCUGUUUCGGCCCACUUGGCCCAUUAGGGUGGAGAGUACUUCCCAUCCCCUUUCCUUAUAAAUAUGGGGGUUUCCCUCCAUAUGAGGGAUCCCUUUUUCCUCCUUCUUCAUGCUUCUUCUUCUCUAGAUUAGAUAAUACUCCAUUAAUGGGAGCUUCAAGCUUGUAUAAUGUAAUGGUGAGGAGAGUCUAAUGAGAAUUGAGAGGGCUUGGACAUUAGCCUAAAAAGUCCCGUGGUUUUCUCCCUUUCGGGUUUCCACGUAAAAACUGAGUUGUUCAUACACAUUUAUACAUAUAUUUACUAUAUCGUGUUGGAUUAAACUCAACACUGGCGCCGUCUGUGGGAAUCUGUCCAAAAAGAUUCAUGUGUUUUACUGUUCUUGAGUUUCUACAAAAAAUUCAUACGGAUGAACUCAAUUCUAGUGAAAAAAAAAAAAAAAUCUAGGAAGAAGGUCUGACGUGAGCAGGGAAAGGAAGGAAGAAUCUGGGAAAAUUAUGACCGAAAUUCCCCAGAUCUGUUUCGGGGUCGCCUGAGCCGCCUUCACCUAUCCCGCCAUGGUAGGCCCUCCGGUGGGUUCAGCUCCACCAGUUGGAGACCGCUGCGGCAUCCCAGAUCUCGUAAUAUCGGUCCUAGGAGGGCUCCGUUGCAGCAGCACUGUUCAUCGGACGUAGCUGGGUCCUCCGACUGGGACGCAGCACCAUCUUUCAUCGCUGUCCUUCGGCCCCUGACCUCUGUUAAUGCGACGAGGUUUGUAAGCUGAGGGCUCCUCGAGCUCUGCCAUGGAUGUUUGCUUGGAGCUCAGAGAAGGUAUGCUUCGGAGCUCGGCCAAUCUGUCACCGUAGGCUAGCUUUUCCAGCCGCACUCUCUCUGCUAUAGCUUCCGUCGCCACCAGUCAGCAGCCGACCCGCACUGAUGGACCUUGGUGGGAUGUUGCGUCUGUCUCUCCACGAGAUGCUCCUCACUCGGCUGAAAGUAGACCACGACUCCAAGGUUAGAGCCAAGGGAUAGAGGGCCCAAUCUCUGGGAGAAUUUUGGCCAAAGUCAAAGCCAAAGGGAAUCAAAAUAAAUCCAACGUGUGUAUUGCUGGCCGAGCCUCCUUUUCCAAAGCUAAGUGCUUAACUCCUUCACUUUUGAUUGAAGCCCGAUUGACAUUGCUAUUAAUCUGUUAUCACCAUUAUUUAUUAGGGAUUAUAAUCUCCCAAAAUUAAAUAAUGCCGAGCGACGCUCUCGUGAUAAUUAGAUUUCACCGUCAUUUAAAUUAAAUGACUGGUUGUUGUGGGCCCGUCGGCCCACUCCUGAUCGACUUUAAUUAGCGAGCGGAGCAUAUCUGAAUGGCCUUUGAUAGGAUAAUAUCAUUGCUAUUACCUGUUACAUCACUAUUAUUUAUUAGGGAUAAAAUGUCCCGAAUUAAAUAAUGUGGAGCGAAGCUCUGGUGAUGGUUGGUUCAGCCAACAUUUUGUUGAAUAUUUAAUUUCUUAUGGGCCUGUUGGCCCACUCUCGAUCAGCUUGAUUUGCGAUCUGAGCGUCUCCAGAGGGUAGUGCCCCGAUGACGCGUUUUAGUUUGGGGGGUUACGCAUUAGUCCGCACGGCACCGAGUGCUCGAGCGACGAUCGUACCCUGGUACCAUCUACGCCAUCAGGCGCGAAGUGACUAUUGCCGAACGUGGCCUAUGGGGCCCGAGGGCACCAAAGCACUCAACCUCGUUUUUCCGAGGGCAGUGCGACCAACUUGGGUCUGAGUUUGAAAACUCACAGACCGAUGAAUAUCUCUAUGUGACGUUCGGCGGGCUGCUGAUUGGCCCCGCCGCGAGCUGCUACGUCCAUUAACCCCGCACGAUGAGCCGGGCCGAGGGUCACGAUGACCCAUAGGCCGGUAAUCGUGGGUGUUAAAGACUCCGCCAUGCAAACGGUUAUGUGUGCAUAUUUAUUGUCGGGCCGUGCGGCCCGUUAUCAUGCUUAUUGCGCAGCUGAAGCCACUCGACGCGCUCGAGCGAAAUGAUUAAAAGACACUCGGCCCGAAUCUUGAAGACGUUCAGGGCCAGCUAUAGUGGAGACCAUCACGGCUGAGAGCCGAUGGACGAGCAUCUCCACCCAGAGGUCGAGGGCCUAGAGGAGACCACCACGGUUGAGAACCGUGGGACGAGCGUCUCCACCCCAGAGACCGAUGGCCUAGGAAGAACACCUAGAGGCCGAGGGUCUAGAGGCGAAUGCCAUGACAGAGAACCGAGAGACGAUCACCCGUCAUUCAGAGGCCGAGGGCCUAGAAGAGAUCGUCAGGGCCGGGGGCCGUCUGACGACAUUAUUAUAUCAUGACCGGCCUCUCGGCACGGCAUGAUUAUCUUAUUUGAAGACCGGGCUCAUCCCCGCGAUGCGUGGAUGAGGACCGUUGCUUGAUUUCAGGUCGGCCUCUCUUUGCCGACAUCAUCAUAUCACGACCGGCCCCCUCGGCUCGACGUGCUCACCUUUUGGAGACCAGCCUCGUCCCCGCGUUGCGCGGGUGAGGACCGUUGCUGGAUUUCAGGUCGGCCUGUCAUUGCCGACAUCACUAUAUCACGACCGGCCUCUCGGAUCGGCGUGCUUAUCUUUAGAAGACCGGCCUCGUCCCCGCGCUGCGCGGGCGAAGACCGUUGCUGGAUUUCUUUCAGGUCGGCCUCUCAUCGCCGACAUCAUUAUAUCACGACCGGCCUCUCGGACCGGCGCGAUUAUCAUAAUCGAAGACCGGCCUCGUCCCCGCCACCUCGCGGACGAGGACCGUUGCUUGACCAUAUCUUGAUCGGCAUCUCAUUGCCGACAUUAUCAUACCACGACCGGCCCCUCGGCUCGGCGUGUUCAUAUUUGAAGACCGGCCUCGUCCCCGCACUGCGCGGAUGAGGACCGUUGCUUGUUUUCUCAGAUCGGCCUCUCAUUGCCGAUAUCGUCAUAUCACGACCGGCCUCUCGGCUCGGCGUGCUUAUCUUUUGAAGACCGGCCUCGUCCCCGCCCUCGCGGACGAGGGCCGUUGCUUGAUUUUCUCAGAUCGGCCGCUCAUUGCCGAUAUCGUCAUAUCACGACCGGCCUCUCGGCUCGGCGUGCUUAUCUUUUGAAGACCGGCCUCGUCCCCGCCCUCGCGGACGAGGGCCGUUGCUUGAUUUUCUCAGAUCGGCCGCUCAUUGCCGACACCAUUAUACCACGACCGGCUUCUCGGCUCGGCGUGCUUAUCUCUUGAAGACCGGCCUCGUCCCCGCCACCCCGGGGACGAGGACCGUCGUUUGAUUCUUUCGGGUCGGCCUCUCACUGCCGACACUGUCAUGUUAUGUUCGGCCUCUCGGCACGACAUAUUUAUCUUUUGAAGACCGGUUUCAUCCCCGCGCUGCGUUGGAUGAGAGCCGUUGCUCGGAUAUAUCGGCCUGACUGGACACUAUUGCCAUCUCCGUUAUCAGGACCGACUGCUCAGCGAUAUUAUGAUCAUUGUAUAUCGGCUCUCAAUGCCGACCUUCUUGAGUCAGCGAUCGGGCUCACCCCUCCCCUCCAGGAGGGUGACCAUCGCCUUCGCAUGACGACCAGCUAUUCCGUCGCCUCGUCAUUUUAUUCGUUUUGGUAUGCCACCACCAUUAUGUGUGACAUCCCGUGAUCCCUGCGAGUUUCUUGGAUACCGAAUGUCUUCUUCGAUGUAGGAAGAUCGGUAGGACCACGGACCAGGGACGGACGAACGAAGCACCAGGGAAUCUCGAUGCAGAUAAACCUGUUCCUCCUUGCGAUGUCUGCGGAUACCGAACGUCUCCUCGAAGUAAGGACGCCGGUAGGACCAAGGACCAGGGACGAACGAAGCGCCAGGGAAUCUCGAUGCAGAUAAACCUGUUCCUCCUUGCGAUGUCUGCGGAUACCGAACGUCUCCUCGAAGUAAGGACGCCGGUAGGACCAAGAACCAGGGAUGAACGAAGCGCCAGGGAAUCUCGAUGCAGAUAAACCUGUUCCUCAUUGAGAUGUCCGCGGAUACCGAACGUCUCCUCGAAGUAGGAACGCCGGUAGGACCAAGGACCAAUGACGAACGAAGAGUAUAGAUUGCCUCCCUCAAACAAAAAAAAGAAAAAAAAAAAAAAAAAAAAGAAAAAAAAAAAGAUGGGGAGAAGAGGAGGGUAGCUCCUAUGUGGAAGGGAAUCUUGCCCGGGUGUGCCAGAUCUUCUCCCACCGCCGAAGACGAACGCCUCUCGAUGUAGAGGUUAGUAGAGACGCGGAGGGGGCUAGACGAACCAAGGGAGCCUUGCCAAGAUAAACCUGUUCAUCCCACAAUGACCAUGGAUCGAUGGAUGUGGGAUAACAAAGACGGGAACCCGUGAGGGUAAACCAGUUCGUCCCUGCGAGUUCCUUGGGUACCGAACGUCUUCUUCGAUGCAAGAGACGCCGGUAAGACUAAAAGGACCAGGGACGAACGAAAAAGGGGGAAUCUCGAUGUAGAUAUACCUGUUCCUCAUUGCGAUGUCCGCGGAUACCGAACGUCUCUUCGAUGUAAGAACGCCGGUAGGACCAAGGACCAAUGACGAACGAAGACUAAAAGACUCCAAAAAAAAAAAAAAAAAAAAAAGAUGCCAGAAGAGCACGGAGCAAAGAAUGAUUUUAUCCCUUGGCACUAUUGGCUGUGAAGUACAAACUGAAAAACAUAUGUAAAGAAUAAUUACAAGACUUAAGUACGAAGAAUGAAGUGGCCGACGACGAUCGGCUAACAUCAGGUUUUCUUUUGCCUCAAACGACGAUUAGCUCCCCAGAUCGGGUAGAAGGGACAUCGCCCAGAUUUAUUUCAGGCUCACCAUUCCUUCCCGGAUGGAGUCCUGGCAGACGAUCGGCUUCUCACAGCCAAUCAGGAGAGAGACUUGACACAUCACCAGCACGGCCGAGGGCCGUGAGACGAUUACCACUCACCGACAGGCCGAGGGCCAUGAGAUGAUCAUCACCAUUUUUCUGUAUCACGAUCGGCCCCUCAGCGCCAUCGUGUCCAGACUCACGGUUCGGCUCGCCCAUUCCCUCCAGGAUGGCGACGACCGUCAUAUGCAGUACGAUCGGCCCCUCGGCGCCAUCGUACCUGGCUUCACAGUUCGGCUCGCCCAUUCCCUUCAGGAUGGCGACGACCGUCCUAUGCAGCACGAUCGGCUUCUCAGCGCCAUCGUGUCUCUUUCACGUUCGGAUCGCCCCAUUCCCUCCAGGAUGGCGACGAACGUCUUAUGCAGUGCGAUCGGCCCCUCGACGCCAUCGUACUUGGCUUCACGGUUCGGCUCGCCCAUUCCCUCCAGGAUGGCGACGACCGUCUUAUGCAGCACGAUCGGCUUCUCAGCGCCAUCGUGUCUCUUUCACGUUCGGAUCGCCCCAUUCCCUCCAGGAUGGCGACGAACGUCUUAUGCAGUACGAUCGGCCCCUCGACGCCAUCGUACUUGGCUUCACGGUUCGGCUCGCCCAUUCCCUUCAGGAUGGCGACGACCGUCAUAUGCAGCACGAUCGGCUUCUCAGCGCCAUCGUGUCUCUUUCACGUUCGGAUCGCCCCAUUCCCUCCAGGAUGGCGACGAACGUCUUAUGCAGUACGAUCGGCCCCUCGACGCCAUCGUACUUGGCUUCACGGUUCGGCUCGCCCAUUCCCUCCAGGAUGGCGACGACCGUCUUAUGCAGCACGAUCGGCUUUUCAGCGCCAUCGUGUCUCUUUCACGUUCGGAUCGCCCCAUUCCCUCCAGGAUGGCGACGAACGUCUUAUGCAGUGCGAUCGGCCCCUCGACGCCAUCGUACUUGGCUUCACGGUUCGGCUCGCCCAUUCCCUUCAGGAUGGCGACGACCGUCCUAUGCAGCACGAUCGGCUUCUCAGCGCCAUCGUGUCUCUUUCACGUUCGGAUCGCCCCAUUCCCUCCAGGAUGGCGACGAACGUCUUAUGCAGUGCGAUCGGCCCCUCAGCGCCAUCGUACCUGGCCUCACGGUUCGGCUCGCCCAUUCCCUCCAGGAUGGCGACGACCGUCUUAUGCGGUACGAUCGGCCCCUCAGCGCCAUCGUACCCAGCUCACGUUAGGGUCGCCCAUCCCUUCCAGGAUGGCGACGAACGUCUCUUAUGCAGCACGAUCAGCGCCCCAGCGCCAUCGUGUCUGGCUCACGUUAGGGUCGCCCAUCCCUUUCAGGAUGGCGACGAACGUCUCUUAUGCAGCACGAUCAGCGCCCCAGCGCCAUCGUGUCUGGCUCACGUUAGGGUCGCCCAUCCCUUUCAGGAUGGCGACGAACGUCUCUUAUGCAGCACGAUCAGCGCCCCAGCGCCAUCGUGUCUGGCUCACGUUAGGGUCGCCCAUCCCUUUCAGGAUGGCGACGAACGUCUCUUAUGCAGCACGAUCAGCGCCCCAGCGCCAUCGUGUCUGGCUCACGUUAGGGUCGCCCAUCCCUUUCAGGAUGGCGACGAACGUCUCUUAUGCAGCACGAUCAGCGCCCCAGCGCCAUCGUGUCUGGCUCACGUUAGGGUCGCCCAUCCCUUUCAGGAUGGCGACGAACGUCUCUUAUGCAGCACGUCUGCCCCUCGGUGCUGACAUGCCCGUUUUAUCGAUGAGAGCCACCGCUUUCUAUCACAUCUCACAUUCCUUCUCUCAUACAUUGCACUCAUACAUUACAUGCAUUCAUGCAUUCAUGCAUCAUACCUCAUACAUUCAUACAUACACGCGUGCAUCAUGUUUUGACAGUACCGCGAUGUCGGUUUAUAGAUGCAUGGACCUCUAAGCUUCUCCGUUGGAAAGCUCGAGUCAGAGUCCCUUACUCUCGCCUGAUGCAUUCAGGGGGAGCGUGCCCGUGGAGGAGCACCUUUCGCCCGACCCCAUCGGGAACGGGGGUGCCUCACCGGCAGAUUACGUUCGGGAGUGUGGACAUCCACUCAUAUAUUAUGAUUAUUCGAAGACACAGGUUCCAGCUAGACCGAGGUAAAGCGCAGGCAAGAGUAUAUUUUCUCGAGCAGAUUCGCACGCUCACUACUCAAGAAACUGGGGGACUUGUGUUGGGAUAUAUUAUCCCGGCCUAUUACUGUUCAAGAGCCCAAGAUAUUAUCCAGUACGGAGCCUGAACAGUUAGGACCAUUUCGGCCCAUCCGGCCCACCUUAGCCUUUGGGCCUGUUUCGGCCCACUUGGCCCAUUAGGGUGGAGAGUACUUCCCAUCCCCUUUCCUUAUAAAUAUGGGGGUUUCCCUCCAUAUGAGGGAUCCCUUUUUCCUCCUUCUUCAUGCUUCUUCUUCUCUAGAUUAGAUAAUACUCCAUUAAUGGGAGCUUCAAGCUUGUAUAAUGUAAUGGUGAGGAGAGUCUAAUGAGAAUUGAGAGGGCUUGGACAUUAGCCUAAAAAGUCCCGUGGUUUUCUCCCUUUCGGGUUUCCACGUAAAAACUGAGUUGUUCAUACACAUUUAUACAUAUAUUUACUAUAUCGUGUUGGAUUAAACUCAACAUCAUUCAAAUAAGGAGAGAAAUAAUUUAUUUGCUAAUAUUUAUGUGGCCAUCACUCAUGCCACAUAUGCAACAUGGACAUUAUAGCAUUGGAGAUGCUCUGAGAGCAUCUCCAAUGCUACAAUGUGCAUGGUGCACAUGUGGUAUGAGAGAGAUAGACACAAAAUAUUGAUUUUAUGACAUUUCUCUCUCCGUCUUUCCACGGCCUUAUGUGUUUAUGGUAAGUUUUUCUUUGCAAUGUCAAGCACAAUGUCUACAUCUAGCAUUGUGUUUAACAUUGUGAAGAAAAACUUAACAAAAUGAUACUCCCUCCAUCCAGCAAAAUAGUUCCCGGUUUCCUUUUUGGGCCGUCCCAAAAAAUAGUUCCCAUUUCCCCUUUUGAAAAGUUUUGUGUGGCUCACAUUCAUUUACCUUUUUCUUACACAACCACAACCAUACAUUUCCACUUUAUUCCCACUUUCUUAAACUUCGAUCCAAGUCAAUGUGGGAACAAUUUUAUGGGACGGAGGGAGUAUAAUAUCCUUCAAAUAAGGAGAGAAAUAUUUUAUUUAUUGUUUUUUGAUUGGCUAUCUCUCAUGCCACAUAUGCACCGUUAACGUUUUAGCAUUGGAGACGCUCUGAAUGCGUGCAAUCUCCACGCCAUCUAAUUCUUCCCCUUUCUUUCCCGCAAACCCCGUAGUCGUCGAAGAUAUAUAUGCACCAUCUCGCCUACAUCACUCGUCCUCUUUGAUUGUUGAUGCGGUGGUCGAUCAGUUGAUUUCAACAAUCACUGAUGCCUUAUUGGUCUAUUAGGGG